AUGGACUGUCAGAAGAGCGAGCGCAGUCGUGCGCACAGCAAGGUUUCGGAACAGAAAAACGCCACGCGUUCUCUACCGCCUGCCCCCUUGUCUAUCUCCUGCCCUCCCAAGGGCUUCCGUGGAGGGCGUGGCCGCAUUCGACGCGAUCAGCGUCGUCGCGGCGCGUUGACAACCGCCGGGCGGCGCUCACAAUCGACGCUGCUCGUUCAAAAGGCGUCCCGACCCGCAGUUGCAGCUGCGGGUCGGGACCACGGACAUUUCCCAAAGCGAGAACCCGGGAAACGCCAUGGCGGUUACGCCAAGUCUAGCUGUGCGCGGCUGCGCACUUCGGUUGAUUUCACCGACUGCUACGUGCAGCAGAGGUGCACCCCAAUCUGGCGGUUGGCAGCGCCAGCACGGCGCUCACCACUUCAGAGAAUUGCCUGGGAGACGCGGCGAAUCGGCCGCGUCACGCAGCCGCCCGCGUCGGGCAGGAGGAUCGCGCAUGAGAACGGGGUGACUGACAUCACCCCGUUUGCGGCCAGGGGGAGCGGCAACUUUCGAAACGACCCAAAUGGGCCGCCCAUAGCCGGUACGCGCAUUCUGCGAACGGCCAGGGCGGGUGUCAAGGGGUUCUCCGGCAGGGUCUACCCCGACGUUACGUACACCCUGUUCGCCCUCUCCCGGGAGGUGAACAUCAGCGAGCGGGUGAUCCGGGAGAAACUGCUCGAACCGAAGCUCGUCUACGCCAAGGAGGUCGUGUCCGGAGAAACAGUCGUGGGACGAUCCCACCAUUACCGCGUGAAGGCGCUGCUGCUGAGUGGCCGGACAAAGUAUGUCUUGCGCUGGACCGAGCCAACCGGGCGGGUGCGCGAGAAAACCUCGAGCGUGCCCGCCCGCAAGAGCUUCAAGUCGCGUGCGGACAGGGAGGCGGCGGAACUCGAGGUAGAACUCAGCAACGACCUGACCCACGACAGCGAGGUGGAGUGGUCGCUCUUCGAUCGCGCCUACCGCGAGCGGCACCUGUCGAUGCACAGCAAGGACUAUGGCGACUCGUGGCGCACCGUGGCGAACCACGUCGAGACGAUCAUCCAGCCGAUCGUGCUGACUGAUGUCGACGCGACAGCGCUCUCGCACCUGGUUGGCGAGUUCCGCCGCCGGGAGCUGUCGGAGAGCUCGAUCGCCAGCUAUCUAACAACACUGAGGUCGGCGUUGAACUGGGCGGUGGACAUGGGCCUGCUGAAGGAAGCCCCGCGGUUCCGCAAGUCGAAGCGAGCGGCGGGACGCCGGUCGAAGAUGCGGAGCCGACCGGUCAACGCCGAGGAGUUCGACCGCUUCGUGCUGGCGCUCCGCAAGGUCCGGCCCGCCGACGCCGAGCAGUGGAUCACCCUGGCCAACUCCAUGUACUGGGGUGGGCUGCGGGUGGCGGAGGCGGUCUCGCUCAGUUGGGACUGGGAGGCGGACUUCUCGGUCUGCCUCAAAGGCCGGUUCCCAAUGUUUCGAAUCCUCUCCGAGGGGGAGAAGGGCGCGAAGGACCGGCUGCUCCCGAUCGCUCCGGAGUUCGCCGAGAUCCUCCAGAAGGUUCCGUCCGCCGAGCGCAAGGGGCUGGUCGCAGGCGUUCGGCUGCACCGCGACACGGUCGUUCACCAGAUGUCGGAGGCGGGCAGGCGGGCGGGGAUCAUUGUCAACCGCAAGGGGAAGACGGCGACCUCACACGACCUGCGGCGGUCGUUCGGCACCAGGUGGGCCAAGCGGGUGAUGCCGGCGGACCUGCAGCAGUUGAUGCGCCACGCUUCCAUCCAAACGACGAUGGACUUCUACGUGGAGAUCGACGCGGACGACCUGGCGUGCCGGCUGCACGGGAAAGCGGCCCAAAACCAAGAGGGUGAGAUUUUGGGUGG